AUGCCUCCAACGCGCACCACACGAUAUCGAGCCCAGCUUGUGUGCAUUCAAUGCCAUUUGCGUAAGGUAAACGCUCUUCUAUACUCGUGUAAUUCCCAGCUCACAACUCAUCAGGUAAAAUGCGAUCUUGAAGAGCAACCAGGCAGUGUCUGCCGGAACUGUCGAAAACGCGGCCAGAUCUGCAGCCCUCGAGAAGGAGCCUUUGCAGCAGCAAACAAGGGCCCUGGCCUUAGCCCAUCCGGGUCGCCAGUUUCAAGAUCUAUGUAUACGCCUGAUCCCGGAAUUAUGAAUGAUGUCCAGACAGUGAUUCUUUCUCAACCUCAUGCCUCCGGACUCAAAAGCCCUGGGCAUGGUGUGGCAAGCCCGAUGAGUAAUCUCACUGGCUAUGUUGGCGAGGACUCCUUCAUGUCCUGCCCUUCACCUCCCCUGGGACAAAACCCGAAGCGCUCUUCGGACCUUGUGAACAAGGUCUCUGAUGACAUAUUGAGGGUUACAGGGGCUGCGGCGAUACCGUCGCCAGUCGUUCUCAAUGCGUCUGUUGAUGCAUAUUUUGCGCAUGUUUUCCACUAUGUUCCAGUUAUUGAUCGUCGAGACUUCCAAACAAGGUCUCCCUCCAUAUUACUAGUGCAAGCUAUUUGCCUUGUGGGAAGUUUGCUCCGUCACCCAAGACUAUCUGGAUCUCUAGACCCGGCCCAACAGCUCUACAUCAAGACCAAAGCUUUGAUCAAUGUCGAUUACGAGAAGGACAAUUUGACAAAGUUGAAAGCUCUUUGCCUUAUCGCCCUAUGGCAUGUGAAGCCGCCUCGAGAUUCCAGUCUUGACUGUACUUGGCAUUGGACGGGAAUUGCUACGAGAUUCUUACUGCAGCUGGGUCUGCACAGGGAGUCAACGUACCUCAAGAUACCGGGUUCUGGAGCCCCUCGUCGGAUUUUCUGGUAUCUUUUCGUUAGCUUUAUCCUGGGAAACUCGUCGCGCACUUAUGCUGAUUCACCAAACAGGCUCAAGACAAGUGUCAAGCUGCAUGUUACGGAAGGCCAGUGUCCCUAUCCACUCACCAAUUUGAUGUACGCCAAUUGGAACUCGUGGACUAUGAGGUGGCCGAUCAGCAAGCCGAGAUAUCUCUCGCCUUCAUAG